UAAAUAGCUGAUGCAAUGUCAACGCAAUUUUAGCAAAGUUUGCAACGCUGAUAUAAAAUAAAUAGUUUCUCUGUAUUACGCCACUUUAUACAAUUACUGCAGCAAUGACAACCACUACUACAAGAAAUACAAGACGGAAUCAAAAUUCCUAUAAUGGGAAUCGCUGUCAAACAGACCAAAACUUUUACACGAACUGAAAAUCAAACGUUUACACAAAAGAAUGAUACAUCAGAAAUUAGGUUGAGGCGACAAAAACGAAGGAAGACUUCUCCCUUCAUUUUUAAGCCUCAGUUUUAUGUGGGAGAGAAUUUUGCGGUAAAAUUAGGUGAUGUAGUGAGAUUUCGGAGAAAUAUUAGUUCGAUUUAUACUGGAGGGAUUGUCGUAACAGAGAUGGACCAGUUGAGGACGAUCAAAUCAAUGAAGCUUUCUGAGGGGUCGAUUAGAAUGGCUAGGACUCCAAAUGCUGGUGGUAGCUCGCAGAAAAGCGAAGUCCUAAGCUACGAAAUGCUACAGAAGUGUUAUAACGCUAAACUUGACAAAACUGAAAUGGAGAUUCAAUAUUUUCCUUAUGGAGGAUCGAUAACCGAUUAUACAUGCCGUAUGUUUGGGUUCAAGAUUGGUGUUUCUGUCACGCGAGCCAUGAAAUACAGGGGCAACUUUACUUUGGAAGAUGCUGAAUAUUUAUUGAACAAGAAGCUUAAUGGAGUAGAGAAUUCUACACGGAACACGCUGGAGAAAUGGCAUAAACAAAUACUGCAUAUCUGGGCUAGCUCUUCAAUAGCAGCAAAGGCUAUAGUCAGUUCUUAUUUCUUGUUACCAAAGAACAUCAAGUCAAACACUGUGGUGUUACUCACGAUCGCCAAAAAUAACAAAGACAUUUUUGACCGAUAAUAUUGUACAUAAUUGUUUGGAUUUUUUUAAAAUUUCAGAUUCAGUUCCGUGAUAUCAAAAACUAUUUUUAGUAAUUAUAUAUGUUUGUACAGCGAAGAAACAUUUUAAUUCAUAAUUUAUUUUGAUAUUUUUUUAAGUAUACAUGUUUUUUCAUAAUUUUUUUAAAAUAUAGUGAUCUUUCACUUGUAGGUAUUGAAUAAUAAUUUUUAGUAAAAUAUUACGCUAGAAAACGAAUGCUUAGUGUCAAAAAAGCCAUUAUUAUAAUAAACAAUACAUUUAAUAAUAA